AAUAUCAAGAAAGCAAAGUACUCAACAUCACUCGAUCCUAGAGGAUUCAUUCCCGUCUUCGAGUAUGAACUCUAUGGGCAUCCUAUCAUGUGGGACCAGGAGAAUCUGUAUGUUCACUUUACAGGCAUAUGGAAAGUAUUAGGAAAAACCAAAGCCGAUAUAGUCAAGAUCAUUGAUGCCAAUCCAAUCCUAGAGUCCAUAAUCCGGAAAGUGCGUGGUGGUUUUCUCAAGAUCCAAGGCACUUGGAUGCCGCAUCAAGAAGCAUACGACCUUGCGAAAAAGACCUGCUAUAAAUUACGUUAUGAGUUGGUUCCUGUUUUCGGU